AUGGCGGAGAAGAUCUCUACACGUUGCCUGACUUCUCAUCAACAGAAAAAUCGACACAGAGAAAAGAAUGGCUCUCACUGAUGAGUUUCAAGCUCUCAACAAGGCUUUCUCAGGAGUUGGAAUUGAUGAAAAUUCAUUAAUAUCAAUACUGGGAAAAUGGCAUCCUGAGGAGAGGAAAUCCUUCAGGAAAGGAACUCCCCAUUUUUUCAAGCAAGAUGAACGCAACUUUGAGCGCUGGGAUGAUCUCCAUGUCAAACUUCUCAAGCAUGAAUUCAUGCGUUUUAAGAAUGCUGUGGUGCUAUGGACUAUGCAUUCAUGGGAAAGGGAUGCUCGUUUGGUGAAGGAGGCCUUGAAGAAAGGCCCACAAACAUACAGUGUGCUUGUGGAGAUUGCAUGUACUAGAUCGGCCGAGGAGCUAUUAGGAGCUAGGAAGGCCUACCAUUCCCUCUUUGAUCACUCCAUUGAGGAAGACGUUGCCUACCACAUUGAUGGCCCUGAAGGCAAGCUCUUGGUUGCGCUUGUGAGUGCCUACAGGUACGAAGGACCAAAGGUUAAAGAUGACACUGCAAAAUCCGAGGCCAAAACACUUGCUCAUGCCAUUAAGAAUGCAGAUAAGAGGAACCCCAUUGAAGAUGAUGAGGUCAUUAGGAUACUAUCAACAAGGAGCAAGCCCCAUCUCAAGGAAAUAUAUAAACACUACCAGGAGAUUUCUGGCCACAACAUCGAUGAGGAUCUUGAUGAUGCUUUGAGGUUAAAAGAGACAGUGCAAUGCCUAUGUACUCCUCACACAUACUUCGGCCAGGUCUUGGAAAUUUCAUUGAGAAAUGGUGUGGAUAAGAACAUCAAAAAGGGAUUGACUAGGGUAAUCGUCACCCGAGCCGACGCAGACAUGAAGGAGAUCAAAGAGGAAUACCAGAACCUAUAUGGAGUUUCUUUAACUGAGAAAAUUGAAGCAACAGCUAAUGGGAAUUAUAAGGAUUUCUUACUCACUUUGGCUGCAAGAGGAGGCUAAAACAGGCGGGAGUCAAAGUUUGGGGCUUGUUGGGAUUAUUUGAAGGGUUUCUGUGUUGCCCUCUUCGAUUGUUGCUGUCUUUCAUGGUUGCUUUCUUGCUAGAGCUGGUGUUGUUCUGUAUGAGUAUUGUGUUACCAUUAAGAAAAACUGAAAUAAAAUCAAUCAAUGAGCCAUUUGAUUUGAGCAUUUAAAUAAGCUGAUUUUGUAUAUAUGUUCAACAUUUUGUUUGUGGCAUAACAAUGUUACAUUUGGUCUCUA